AUGUUCUCAUACACAACGCGCUCCGCCAUUGGGGUUGGCAAGCGCCUGAGGGUGCCCGUGCCUGUUCGCUCGCUAUCAUCACCGAGCCUACCGAAUGCGCCAUCUCCAGAGCCGGCGACAACUACCCAGGCUGGGCCUGCCCCAGCUCUUGCAACUGGGUCGCCAGAUGCCGAGCAGCCUUCCGAACCCCGUGUGAAAGAAUGGUCUCAGCGGUUAAGAGCCCUUGGUGAGGAUACUCGACUACCCCGAAGCGUGCAGGCGAUCUAUUCGCGACCGCUUCGGAGGAAGGCGGAGUACGGCCUCCCCGUGUGCGACCUUCAAUUGCGAUCGUACAGCGUUCAAAAUGUGGAAUUCUUCGCCGACUUCGCCAUCCGCGCCGCCUAUUAUCUUAACCUUCCCGCUUCCGGUCCCGUGCCUCUUCCUCGCAUCGUCGAACGCUGGACCGUCCCGCGAAGCAACUUUGUGCACAAGAAGAGCCAGGAAAACUUUGAGCGGAUCACCCUCCGUCGGCUGAUUCAGAUCAAGGACGGCAACCCGCAGGCGGUACAGGCAUGGCUUGCUUUCCUUCGGAAACACGCAUUUUACGGAGUCGGUAUGAAGGCGAAUGUUUGGGAGCAUGACAGUCUCGACGUUGCCAAAUCCAUGGAUGCAUCUCUUCCGGAAGUUGAGAAGACACUCCGUCCACACCUUGAACAAUUUGGACAGCGACAUGACAACUCCGCCGACCGGAGCAUAUUCGACGUUUUGGACAGCGACCGGUUUGCCGAGCGCAAGAACCUCUAA